AUGCAGCAGCAGUUGUCCGCUAGGCCUCGUGUGCUGGGCAAAGGCCAGACAAUUGCCUGCUCGAAGCUUAGGAGCGUGGCUGUGUGCGCAGCGAUGAAGGUUGCCGUGACGGGUGCUGGGGGGCGGACGGGUGGUCUGGUGGUCAAGAAGCUGCUGGAGGGUGGCGCUGACAAGUUUGUUGCAGUGCCCAUCGUCCGCAGCCAGAAGAGCGCGGACAAGGUCGAGUCUACCUACAGCUUGGCCAAGGGAUCAGCCAAGGUGCUGGACAUCUCCAGCGGUGAUGUAGCUGCGGCCACGACGGCGCUUCAGGGCUGUGAUGCGCUGGUGAUUGCUACCAGUGCCGUGCCUGAAAUUCUCAAGCUGUCGUUGAUCCCCGUCAUACUGGCAAAGCUCUUCAAGAAGGAGGGCGUCAGGCCACAGUUCCGAUGGAAGGAGGGGCAGACUCCGGAGCAGGUGGACUGGCUGGGACAGAAGGUUCAGAUUGAUGCGGCCAAGGCGGCAGGCGUCAAGCAGGUUGUGCUGGUUGGCAGCAUGGGUGGCACCGACCCCUCCAACAUGCUCAACAAGCUGGUGGGGGAGGACGGCGGCCAGAUCCUGCAGUGGAAGCGGCGCGCUGAGCAGUACCUGGUGGCCUCAGGGCUCACCUACACCAUUAUACACCCCGGCGGCCUGGUGGACGAGGAGGGGGGCAAGCGGCGCCUGGCUGUGGAUGUUGACGACGGCCUGCUCAAGCGCAAGACGCGCUCCAUCCCCCGUGCUGAUGUGGCAGCACUCGCGGUUGGCUGCCUGGGGCUUGCGGAGGCCACCAACCGGUCUUUUGAUGUGUGCGCGGAUCCUGUUGGCGAGGGAGAGCCCAGUACAGAGUGGGGUGCGCUGCUGGACGGUUUGGGCGGCCGCAACUGCGACUACAGCAUCAACAGCCAGGCAGAGCCCGCCGAGCCGGUGGUGGCGGGGACCCCUUGA